AUAAUUUAUUCGCCGUCCUCUUUAUAUAUAAGUAUCUCGAUUUCUAGGCACGGUUCAGCUCACAAAGUGGUCCGAGCCAAAACCCAAAGAUGGGCGGCGCCGCCGGGCUAAAAGUGAUGUCUAGCUGCAGAGUAUUGGAACUGGGAGUAAUAAUGGGUACCCAAUUUCUCCUUCUUCUGUUACUGCAAGGCCAAGGAGCAAGAGGUUUGACGGCGGGGCAAAACAGUAAUAAUGUCAGCAAUGGCGGCGGCGCCGGCGAGAAGUGCAACUUAUUCAGAGGGAAAUGGGCGGUGGAUUCCUCGUAUCCUCUGUAUCAGCCCGCCAGCUGCCCCUUUCUCGACCCUGAAUUUGACUGCAUCAAAUUUGGCCGCCCGGAUAGGCUCUACCUCAGCUAUGCCUGGCAGCCCGACUCUUGUGCCUUGCCCAGGUUUGAUGGAUUGGAGCUUUUGAAGAGAUGGAAUGGGAAGAAGAUAAUGUUUGUGGGCGACUCACUGAGUUUGAACAUGUGGAACUCGCUGGCCUGCAUGAUUCAUGCGUCGGUGCCAAAUGCAAAGACAAGCUUCUCAAGACAGGAAACCCUCUCCUUUGUGUCCUUCAACUUUAAGAAGUGUACUCCGCUACUGAGAGAGUGAGUGUAACGUCCCUCCUCUGCCUCUCUCGCUAGUCAAAUGGAGUCUCGCGUCCUCUCAGGCGUCACCACCACCGCCCGCGGCGUUCCUCUUCUGCGGAAGUCACCGGCAGCACUGAGGUGCACCGCCUUAAGCUUCCCCGUUGCAAAUUCAACCGUAGCUUGCAGCCUCGAAUCCGAAAAAUUGGUAUGGGGACGGCCGUUCAAGCUGGCUACUCUACUCGAGGCUUCUCCGGCGAGCUCAAUUACGCCGGUGAUGAAAAGGGAGGUUCUCCCUCCAUGCCAUGCCUCAGCCAGUGAUUCAGGGGAUGCUAAGGUCGGUCCCGUCGGGUUCGUGCAGAAAUACCCGACGCUUGUGACGGGGUUCUUCUUCUUCAUGUGGUAUUUCCUGAAUGUGAUCUUCAACAUUAUCAACAAGAAGAUCUACAAUUACUUCCCUUAUCCUUAUUUUGUGUCUGUUGUACACUUGGCUGUUGGAGUGGUGUAUUGCUUGGUGAGCUGGUCUGUAGGCCUACCCAAGAGAGCUCCGAUUGAUUCGAAAGUCCUUAAGUUGCUUGUUCCGGUAGCUGUUUGUCAUGCACUAGGCCAUGUGACUAGCAAUGUUUCGUUUGCUGCUGUUGCUGUCUCGUUCACCCACACAAUCAAAGCUCUAGAGCCUUUCUUUAAUGCUGCUGCCUCUCAGUUCAUACUUGGACAACAAAUACCCUUGACAUUAUGGCUCUCACUCGCCCCUGUUGUUCUUGGCGUGUCGGUGGCUUCACUGACUGAGCUCUCUUUCAACUGGACCGGAUUCAUCAGUGCCAUGAUUUCAAACAUCUCUUUCACAUAUAGGAGUAUCUACUCCAAAAAAGCUAUGACUGAUAUGGAUAGCACUAAUGUAUAUGCCUACAUAUCCAUCAUUGCCCUCAUUGUCUGUAUCCCUCCGGCAUUAAUUUUCGAGGGACCUCAGUUAAUGAAGCAUGGGUUUAAUGACGCGAUCGCUAAAGUGGGCUUGACAAAAUUUCUAUCAGAUCUUUUCUGGGUGGGAAUGUUUUACCACUUGUACAAUCAGAUAGCCACGAACACCCUUGAGAGAGUAGCGCCUCUCACCCAUGCUGUUGGGAAUGUGCUCAAACGUGUUUUUGUCAUCGGAUUCUCAAUCAUUAUCUUUGGUAAUAAGAUUUCAACUCAGACUGGUAUUGGAACUUGUAUUGCAAUUGCUGGAGUUGCACUCUAUUCCUUCAUUAAGGCCAAAAUGGAAGAAGAAAAACGGAAAUUGAAAGCUGCCUGAGGUGGUGGAGAGCAUGAAAAAGAUUGUGACAGUAAUUUAUUUCAAGUAUUUCCCAUCCAAUGAAAAGUAAAAAAGAAGCUAAAACAAUAAUUGAGUAUAUUCAUUGUAAUUGUGUAGGUAGGACUUUCACUUGACUAUUUUCUUUCAAGCAAAACAACUUUGUAAUACUGAACCAUAUAUAUCCCAUGGUCGAAAUCUUGUGAGCUGUAGGUCAUAUUUCGUCAGGGAAGUAUCAAUGUUUGCUUCCUAGAGAGAGUUAGAGACCACUAUGUAGCUGAGUUCUA